UCAGUCAAACUUUCACUUGAAACCAAAUUUUGCUGGUUAUCAAUUGCUAGGCUGCUGGGUAUAGCUUCAAUCACACAUGAAUGUUCUUUGUUUCUGAAAUUCUGCCUACUUUUUAUUAUUCCUUGUACAGUCUGAUUCAUGGUAUGUUGUCAACAUAGUACGAUCGAAGUGUACUACUGGACAAGGAAUCAGUUGUUUAAGGCUGAAUAUUGGUCCCUUGCUUAACAUUGCUAACUUCAAUCUUACUUCAUGUAGGAAUGAAAGGCUACUAAGACAGGUCAUCUUCUAAAUCAUAAACAAAUCAGACUAAACCUUUGAAAUGGACAUUCCACCAGUUCACCACAGUAUAGACUCAGACUGCACAUCUCAACACAUCAGGCGGCCUAUAACUUCUCCAUCCCAGAGAAGGAGCAACCAACUCUUUCUGGUGAUCUCUCCUCAUACCCCAAACAAUGGCCACCGAAUGUGAUGAGAACAAAUCCCGCCGCUUCAAUCGUGCCAUGUCAAGGCGAACACGAAGACCGACAAGCCUUGUCGCUUGUUAUGAAGAUCGGUAUGUGCCUCCCCUGGCACGGCAGCUACUCCAAGAAGCCAGGCUGAAGACAUUGUUCCAGUGCCAAGAUGCAGAGCUGCAGGCACCUCAGCAAUGUGAGGAUGCAGAUCAGAAGAUGGAGAUUCCACAGGGACCACAGCUGUGGGAAGUUGUUGAGCAGAAGGCACCAGAGCAAUAUCAAGAUGAGUGGGAGAAGAAACCGCACCAAUAUGGAGAUGAAGAGCAGGAGAAGAAACCACAGGAGUAUCAAGUUGAGGAGCACAACAUACCAAAGCAAUAUCAAGAUGAGGAGGAGAAGACGGCACCACAACACCAAGAUGAGAAGGCACCAGAGCAGUGCCUAUAUGAGGAGCAAAAGACACCCAGCCAACACCAAAACGAGGAUGAGGAGAAGAAACUGCAGCAGUAUCAAGAUGAAGAGCAGGAGAAACCACAGCAGUAUCAAGAGGAGGAGCAGACCAUACCGAAGCAUCAUCAGGAUGAGGAGCACAAGACACCACAACAACACCAAGAUGAGGAGAAGACACCAGAGCAAUACCAAGAUGAAGAGCAGAAGACAGCUAAACUGUGCCAACAAGAUGAGAAGACACCAGAGCAAUAUCAAGACGAAGGGCAGAAUGUACCGAAGGAAUACCUAGAUGAUGAGCAGAAGAUAUUGCAGCAGUAUGAAGAUAAUAAAGCACCAGAGCAAUGCCAAAAUGUGGAGAAAAAGGUACCAGAGCUAUACCAAGAUGAGGAGAAGGCUGGUAAACAAUGCCAAGAUGAAGACGAGAAGACAUCAGAGCAAUGUGAAGAUGAAGAGCAGAAGGCACAGCAGGGAUGCCAAGAACAAGAUGAGGAGCAAAAGGCACCAGAGCUGUACCAAGAUGAGGAGAAAAUGGGUAAGCAUUGCCGAGAUGAAGAUGAGAAGACAUCAGAGCAAUAUCAAGAUGAAGAGCAGAAUGCACAGCAGGAGCGCCAACACAUAGAGCAGAAGGCCCCGGAGCAACGUAAAAGCGUAAAUAAGCCGAUCACGCCACCGCCUAUCGACGGCGUACCCAGGUUUUCCCUUCUGGAGCUGAUACGAGAGAAGCAGCUUGGCACUGGAGAUGCAAAAGCUAACAGCAACUUCAGCUGCGGGGAGAAUGCCUUUGCUGAUUAUAGAGCUCUGGGGGCAGCACCAACCGGCGGCACGACACUGGCCAUGGUGAUAAGGCGAUCUGAUGGAGCGAAGAAGCCUACGGGGAUUAUCCGCAGGUGCAUGAAGGCCUUGAAUCAGAUGGUCAAGGCCAAACAUGGAUCCAAGAAGAACGUGCCCUUCAACCAUGUUUGAGUGAACACAGGUCCGGGGAGUUUUUCUUGCUAGAUUGUGGGCAUCUCAGAAUAAUGCACGACUGUGCAAAGACCGAAUUUUGGGCAUGACAUAAGAUCUGUUAAAUCUGCAAAGGAACUCCACAGCAAGCCCUGCCGCCUACGUUGAACAAAUUUGUUAUCUGAGAUGUUGUCUUAUGGCAUUUGAUCAGUUAUGUAUUUACCUAAUGAUGUGAAACAAUCUGAAUCCGGCCACGGUCGCACCUUUUGCAAAAUAUUACUGUAUAAUGUUGAAGUAUAAGUGGAUUGUCUAACCUUUUUCA